AUGAAGGAUGUGUGUUUCCUUGAACUCUAUCUAUGUAUUUACUGUCGUAUUGCUAAUGGUAAAAAAUGCUAUGGAAUUGUUAUUAUGUGUCGAACAACAAAAGCGGUAAAAGUUAGUGUUCUCGAAAAUUUGUCCGAAAAUUCGUUAUAUGAUACUUUGAGAACCGUGUGGAAUCAGAUUGGAUACCCGACGGAAGUGUGGUCGGAUAACGGAACCAAUUUUAUGGCUGUUCGUGAAAAAUUGAAUAAAUUGGCCCGUUCUGGUCAAACAAAUGCUAUUAAUUGGAAAACGUCAACACCAUUGGCCCCAUGGAUGAAUGGUGCAGCCGAACGAAUGAUUAGAUUGGUAAAGGAAUGCUUGAAAAUGUUGCCAAAAAGGGCUCGUUCUCUUUUUUCUUUGCAAAGAAAUUUUAAUUACGUGGAAUAUGUGAUUAACCAACGACCGAUAAUACAAAAUGAUGGUCGUUUUUUCUCUGCUUUUGAACUAUGGAUGGGUCGUACCAUGAAUCUAAAACAAGAAAAUAAUAUAGACGACGUAUGGGAAAUGAAAAUUGAGAGAUCAAAAUUUGUUAAAGAAGUUGCCAAAUUGUGGAUGUCCCAAUACCUGAAGAAAUUGGCUCGAAUGUCAACUAACAAAUCGACAGAUGUGCAAAUUGGUGAUUGGUUAAUGUUGCCUGAAUUUCUGACUAAACGUUCUAAUUGGCCUAUUGGACAAGUAAUGGAAGUCAAGAGUGGAUCUGAUGGCAUAUGUCGUACUGUAAAAAUACGAAUUAAUGGAACAGAAUUGUGGAGACCAACGAAUCGUUUGAUUUGGAUAACGCAUUCUCGGCGGGAGAAUUGUAGCGGAACGUCAUAUAUGAAUGAAGAUAAAAUAUAAAAAACACAUGUAUCGAACUUUUGUCAGUGAGUGAUGAGUGUUUGUCAAAUUAUAUUGAUAUUGAUGAUAUUUGAUAUUUGAUUUUUGUGAAUUUAAAAACGAUACCAUCGUAUGGUACGUAAUCUAUUUUUAAUCAUUGUAAUUAUAAUUUAUUAUUCAAUAAUUCAAUUCCAGAAAUAAAGUUUAUAAAUUGUGAAUG